AUGGUUUUCUACACUAGUUUUGGUACUUUGAUUUCAGAAUCGCCAUGCAUAAAAAGGCAGAGAGAAAGUCGCGAGAGGAACGUUCCCACAAGGGGGGAACCCAACUUGGAAUCUUCCUUCAUCCCAUCCCACCUCCAUUCUUUCACAGUCGCUGCUCCUAGCCACCCACCCCAGUAUAUAUCGGUGAUUACUGGGCGUAUGGAUAGUAGAAUCCCACCGGGAAGUUACUUCCAGUACUCUCCUACGGGGGUUCAUGGUUCACUUCAGAGGUCUGCAUCUCUUACAGAUCGUGAAAGAUAUUUGUCAGAUUUACUGGCAGAGAGGCAAAAAUUAGCACCAUUCAUGCAGAUUCUCCCAGUUUGCAGCAGACUUCUAAAUCAAGAAAUCGUGCGAGUAUCAGGAUUGGUAUCCAAUAAGCUAACAGAAAUAGAAAGAAUGGGGCAUGAUAAUCCGUAUAGGUCAUUGGGUCAACAGCCUAAUGGAGGGCCGAUGAGUGUAAUGGCUUGGAAUGCCAUGCAAACUGAGGAAGAUAGGCUCCUUCAAAAAAUGGCUCCGUUUCAACCAUCUUCUCUAAACUGGAAUGCAGUACCUGGUUCAAGAACCACUCCAGUUGUGAAGAAGGUUAUCCGAUUGGAUGUUCCUGCAGAGAAAUACCCAAGUUAUAAUUUUGUUGGCCGAAUUUUGGGACCGCGUGGAAACUCUUUGAAAAGGGUUGAAGCCAUGACAGAAUGUAGAAUAUAUAUUAGGGGUCAGGGCUCAGUGAAGGAUUCUCUUAAGGAAGAGAAACUAAAAGACAAACCUGGAUACGAGCACCUAAAUGAGCCACUACACAUCUUGGUGGAGGCUGAGUUUCCCGAGAAUAUCAUAGACGCCCGCUUGGAUCAUGCAGUAGCAGUACUUGAAAAACUAUUAAAACCCGUGGAUGAAUCCAUGGACAUUUACAAGAAGCAACAGCUGAGAGAGUUGGCUAUGCUAAAUGGUACGCUAAGGGAAGAAAGCCCUAGCAUGAGCCCGAGCAUGUCUCCUUUCAACAGCAAUGGCAUGAAACGAGCCAAAACAGGAAUAUAA